AUGGGCGUUGUUAGGUCUGCAGCGGAGGUGGAUGCUAACGACAAGCAGACUCCUGCCGUAGAUCCUGCCAACGUUGUGCAAGCGCUCGUCUAUACUCUACUGGGCGUGUUCGAUGCUACAAGAGACCUUUUCCAAACGUUGAAAGCAAAGGAGCAGAGGGACUAUGAAUCAAGUCUGCGGUCCAAGGGCUAUCCAGCAUCGCGGAGGGUCGAAUAUGUCGAAGAUGAGAAUCUGGGCAGAGAUGAGGAUCUUGUCAUGGACAAGGCUGCGGUUACACGGCAAUUCGAGAUCGGUUUCCAGAAGAUCGGGGCGCUAUUUGCCGUAGGCGACACCUCGACUUCUCUCGUGCGCUAUCAAGAGCCCACCCAGCCUCGUAGCGGCAGCCCAGUCAAUACGACCAUCAUUGAAACAUGGCGCGGCCGUCCCAAACCAGAACGCACCGACACAGACACAACAUCAAUGACCGGCCCAACUUCCUACGGGAUGCGAACCGCACCCCAUGAAUUGUACUGUCUCUACGCGAUUGAUCUCCAGCGGCACCGCGACCAACAGCUCUCCGAUACCAUCACAUCUGAAUCUAAGCCCUAUUGUCCCCAUUGUAAACAAGACCUCCACCUCUCCCCCGGCAAAGCCUGGGAAGUCGUCAAACGCGGCGACGGAUAUGAGCGCUGCUUCCAAGUCAGCAAUCGCUUUGUGGUAAAGUGUCAUCGUGGCGGCGCAGACGGUCAGUACUCAUGUGUGCUGUGCUCCCGGCACGCCGAUGUUGACACGGUGUGUGGCGACGUGAAGGCGCUCAUCAAGCAUAUUUGGGAAGACCAUGGUGUGGGUGAACUCAAGCAUGAGGAGGACAUCACCGAGGUCGUCGAGCUGGCGCCGGAUCGCAGGAGAGAUAGUGGUCUGGGCCAUGCGACGUCGAGGGGUAGUCGGAGGAGUGCUAGUUUGGGGCCGAACAGUUGGGGCCGGAGGAGUAGACGUGGGUAUGAUCGAGAUGAUGGGUAUUUGUAA